AUGGCGCACAUGUGCAGGCAGAUCACCGGCAGCGCCGCGAGCUGUGCGGGCUGGGUCGGGGUCAUCGUCGCCACCGCAACUAACGAUUGGGUCCGGACCUGCGACUACACGGUGACCACCUGCCUCCGCAUGGACGAGCUGGGCUCGCGGGGACUCUGGGCAGAGUGCGUCAUCUCCCCGGCGCUCUAUCACUGCGUGGCCCUCAGCCAGAUCCUCACCCUGCCCGCGUACGUCCAGACGUCCCGUGCUCUGAUGAUCUGCGCCUGUCUGCUGGGCCUGCCCUCCAUAAUGCUGGUUCUCAUGGCGAUGCCGUGCGUCCGGCUGCAGAACGACACUGCCGCCAUCAAGAGGCUCCGCGCCCGGGUGGGAGGAGUCCUCGUCAUCUUCAUGGGUGUGUGCGGCAUCAUAUCGACCGUCUGGUUCCCCAUUGGCGCUCACCACGAGGAGCACCUGAUGGCGUUCGGCGUCUCUCUGUACGCCGGCUGGGUCGGCUCCGUUCUCUGUCUCCUGGGCGGCUUCGUGAUCUUGUUUUGCCGCGGCACCGACCCCCCCGGGACCCCGAGCAGGGACAACAGCUUCUACUACUCCCGGCAAGGGGGCACGGCCACGCCGCUGGACCCACCCGCCAACCAUGCCAAGAGCGCCAGAGUGUGAACAUCCCCCCUCAUCAAAGU